GUGAUUGCGCGUGGUUGCCAUCUAGCGGUGAAAACAGCGAACAGUCGGGUUGUUGCUUUGCGUAUGUCCUGGCCGCUUGUUCAUGUAACUUUGGAUCCUCAUUUAUGAAAUGAAAACGCGUUAAUUCUUAACGUUUCAUACCUUCACAUCACAGGCCGCAGGAGCUCAGAUGUCUGCGUGCAGAUAGCGAUAAUCGCGGACUAGCUUGGUGGAGUCAAGAUGGACACCGCGGACGAAGGAGACAUCUGUCGGGUAUGCCGGUCAGAGGGUACCCAGGACAAGCCCCUCUACCACCCCUGUGUCUGCACCGGCAGCAUCAAGUUUAUCCAUCAGGAAUGCUUACUGCAGUGGCUGAAACACAGCCGCAAAGAAUACUGUGAACUCUGCAAACACAGGUUUGCAUUUACACCAAUCUACUCUCCAGACAUGCCGUCCCGCCUGCCUGUCCAGGAUAUUUUUGCAGGCUUGGUCACCAGUAUUGGAACUGCAAUCAGAUACUGGUUUCACUACACGCUGGUGGCCUUUGCCUGGCUUGGCGUGGUGCCUCUCACUGCAUGUCGCAUCUACAAGUGUUUGUUUACCGGCUCUGUGAGCUCUCUCCUCACCCUGCCUCUGGACAUGCUGUCCACACAAAACCUACUGGCAGACUGCCUCCAGGGCUGUUUUGUGGUCACGUGCACGCUGUGUGCUUUCAUCAGCCUGGUGUGGCUGCGAGAGCAGAUCGUUCAUGGUGGUGCCCCUCUCUGGUUGGAUCAGCAUCAACCCCCUCUGGUUCCUAACCCCCCUCAUGGUCCUGCUCCGGCUAAUGAGGCGGCUGCAGAUGAAGCAGCAGCAGCGGGGCCCCCUGCUCCAGGCGGGCCAGAGCCCGCCGACCCAAACGAGGCUGGUAACCACGGAGAUGAGGCCGAACUGGAUGACGAGGAAGAAGAUGAGGACGGGGAGGAAGACGAGGAGGAGGAGGAGGAUGAGGAAGGCAGGGAGGAGGAUGCUGCUGAUGCCAAUAACGGAGGACAAGAUCUUAACUGGAACGCCCUGGAGUGGGACCGUGCAGCAGAGGAGCUAACCUGGGAACGGAUGCUGGGGCUGGAUGGCUCUUUGGUUUUCUUGGAGCAUGUGUUCUGGGUGGUGUCUCUCAACACUCUCUUCAUCCUGGUCUUUGCGUUCUGUCCGUAUCACAUCGGUCAUUUCUCCGUGGUUGGACUGGGCUUUGAGGACUACGUGAAAGCUUCUCACUUUGAUGGCCUCAUCACCACCAUCCUGGGAUACAUCCUCCUGGCUGGAGCUCUCAUCGUCUGCCAUGCGUUGGCUUCAUUAGUGAGGUUCCAGCGGUCCAGACGUCUCCUGGGUGUCUGCUACAUCGUCGUCAAGGUGUCCCUGCUGGUUGUCAUGGAGAUCGGCCUGUUCCCUCUGAUUUGCGGAUGGUGGCUGGACAUUUGCUCCUUGGAGAUGUUUGAUGCCACUCUGAAGGACAGAGAGCAGAGUUUUGACUCAGCCCCCGGGACCACCAUGUUCCUCCACUGGCUGGUGGGCAUGGUCUACGUCUUCUACUUUGCCUCCUUCAUCCUGCUGCUCAGAGAGGUACUGAGGCCCGGUGUCCUGUGGUUCCUGAGGAACCUUAAUGAUCCGGACUUCAACCCGGUCCAAGAGAUGAUCCACCUGCCCAUCUACAGACACCUGCGGAGGUUCAUACUCUCUGUGGUGGUGUUUGGCUCCAUAGUUCUGCUGAUGCUUUGGCUUCCCAUCAGAAUAAUCAAGCUUUUCUUCCCAUCCUUCCUCCCCUACAACGUCAUGCUGUACAGCGACGCCCCGGUCAGCGAGCUCUCUCUGGAGCUGCUGCUGCUGCAGGUCGUUCUGCCCGCACUGCUGGAGCAGGGACACACGCGCCAGUGGCUCAAACGGCUCGUCCACGCCUGGACCUUCACCGCUGGAUACAUGCUUGACCUUCACUCCUACCUGCUGGGGGAUCAUGACGACGAUGACAACCAGCCAAACAACAACCUACCUGGUCGCCUUAACAACAACAGGAUACCUGGCCUUGGGGAGGGCCUUCAUGCUGCCCAUCAGGCCAUCCUGCAGCAGGGAGGUCCGGUGGGUUUCAGGUCGUACCACCGGCCCAUCAACUUCCCUCUAAAGAUUGUCCUGCUGGUCAUCUUCAUGUGUGUCACCUUGUUAAUGGCCAGUUUGAUCUGCCUCACGCUGCCAGUGUGUGCAGGUCGCUGGCUCAUGUCUUUCUGGAUGGGCAACGCCAUGAUCCACGAGCUGUACACCGCCGCCAGCGGCCUGUACGUCUGCUGGCUGUCCAUUCGAGCCGCCACCGUGAUGCUGUCGUGGAUGCCACAGGGGCGCAACGUCAUCAUGGUCAAAGUCCAUGAGUGGACACUGAUGAUACUGAAGACCCUGGUGGUGGCGGUCAUGUUAGCCGGUGUGAUCCCUCUGCUGCUGGGUUUGUUGUUUGAGCUGGUCAUCGUAGCUCCUCUCAGAGUCCCACUGGACCAGACGCCGCUCUUCUACCCCUGGCAGGACUGGGCGUUGGGCGUGCUUCAUGCUAAAAUCAUCGCUGCCAUCACACUCAUGGGUCCUCAGUGGUGGCUCAAAACGGUCAUUGAGCAGGUGUAUGCUAACGGUAUCCGUAACAUUGACCUCCACUUCAUCGUGCGCGGCCUGGCUGCUCCGGUCAUCUGCGUCCUGCUGCUGUCUCUGAGUGUCCCUUACACCAUCUCUAGAGGCAUCACACCGCUGCUGGGUGUGCAGCCGGAGAUGCAGACGCUGGUGGACAGGAGGAUCUAUCCGUUCCUGCUGAUGGUGGUCACCCUGCUGGCCAUCCUGACCUUCCAGAUCAGACAGUUCAAACGCCUCUACGAGCACAUCAAGAACGACAAGUCAGUAGACCCAGAACAAUCUGAGUUAGAAAGUCAAAUACUAGGAUGUACAGAGCUCUGUGUUUCAUGUAUCUGGUUGGGCAGCGACUGGUGAACUACGAGCGGCAGGCGGGCAGGAGCUCCUCCUCGUUCAGCCCCUCCUCGUAGACGCUGCUGAGGGAUCAGUGGAGCCCACUCGCUCUGUCCAGCUCUCAGGGCUUUGAUCCGCUCCUGUGGGGAAACCUGCAGGAUCCAAACUGGACUGAAGUGGAGUCCUCUGAUUUAUCUGCUGCUGUCAUGAAUGGGAGACAAAGACUUUAAAAACAUGUUAAAGCAGCAGCAGAGAGCGUAACAGUGUGACUCUGCGUGUUGGGAUGACGUCUGUAGUGAGACUUUAUUUUAGAAUGGGUUUGAGUUGAAAGAGGUCGGCUUGAGUUUAGACUCGACCUCAGGUUGUGCUUCCUCUGAAUGUUCGUUUGUCUUGGUCUCAGCGAGUCUCUGUUUACGGGACGUGUCUGACAUUUCACAGCUCUGAAGGAGAUCUUUGGACUGAAGUGUGAAUGCCGCUCUUCUUAUCUGAAGCUGUCAUCAACAACGGGUGCUCUGUGAUACGGAGGGGCACACCUGAUGUAGCAAUGUGAUUUUAUUAUUUUUAAACAUGAUUUUAUUAAGUGUGUCUGUUGAUUUUGAGUGAUUGGAAUAAGGAGGAGCUGUGAGAGAACUACUCACAGCAUGCCUGUUAUACACUCUGACUGAUUUUAAAAACCUUAUUGAAGUGCUGCUAACAGCUGAUGAUAGAAACAUCCAAACACUGAUUCUCUGUUGGAAGAAAGCGACUGACCUUCAUCACAUUCAUCUCAGAACAAACCACAUCAUCUCUGAAGGACCUGCAGGGAUGAAGGAUAUUAUCGUACUGAAGAUUAAAUCAGCAGAGGGUGAGACAUCCCGACUGUUACCACACCGACGCUUUCCUACAUUUCAAAUUCACGUGCGUGCGUGUCAGUUGAAGCCUCUGUUACUGUUACAUCGUGAGGAUGUAUUUUCAUAAAGCACGCCUGAUGUCAUUGGAUCACCUGAUACCUGCCUCUCUGAACGAUGUGUUCAUGUGUUACGAAAGCGUAUAGAUGGUUUUUAAUGUGCCAAACACAGAAAGUCUACUGCAAGAAAGAGAGAGGAGCAGCGAUUGGUCAUGGCCGAUUCCGAUGUUUAGAACAACGUCUUAGCCGAUUCAUGAAUUCUUUUGGUGACUCCCACAAUGCGACAUUUUCUCAUCGUGUGGUCAAACAUGUCUGUUGUUUCUUAGAGUCAGUCUGACGCUCCCUGUGUGAAGAUUUCAAGUCAGUGUGUUGUUGUUGUCGUCCCGUGUGUUCACAGCGUUGUUCUGCUCGACUGGCGCCCUGACAAACCUUUACACCCGUCACGUUUCUAAAGCACCUUUUAGAACUUUAAGUCAAAUUGCACAACAUUUCUAAUGGAUGCACUUUUCUUUAGAUGGUGUUCAGACUCUUCUCAUCACCGUGUUUCACAGGCGAGGGUUCAUUCUGUCUGACAUCUUUUUUUUUUUUAAUCAAGUAGAAAGUUUUUUUCUAAUACAUCGUUUGAAUGUUUCACUUUUUUUUUUUUUCACCGUUUGCAAUCUUUUUAGAAUCACGAACACUGUCGUCACAGAGAGUAUGUGUUUGAGUUCUCCUCUCACUGAGGCGUCGGCGCGUCACGGCGCUCGCUCUGCUCUGUCAGCUGUGCGUCAUCUGUUCCUCACACUGACACGUGUCGCCUGUUUGUUCUAUGUUUUUCUGUUACGAUGUGUGCGUGCGUGCGUGGUUAACAUGAACUUGAGUGCUGCUGUGUGUGGAUGCUCACAUUAUUUGGAUGAAGCGCUAAAGUGACCUUUUAGUGAGCCAUGAACUGAGCCGGACACUUUCCAGUUAUGGUCUUCGAUUUCAAUUUGUAGAAGCGAAUGAUUUCUAUUUUUAUAAGUGCAGGACGGAGGUGUUGGCAUGUACUUCUUCAUUGUUCUGGUUCUUUAGUAUGAAACCAUAAUAAACCGUUUUCAUCAGACUCUGCUGUUUUCUUUUCUCCUCGCUCACUGAUGAUGCUGUGGUGACAUCAUCUCAGAGAGCUUCAGAUGACUAACACUACGAGAACCUACAAAAUAAAAUCCUGCUUCAGAAACCUG